UACCCGUCCGUGUCCAUUGACCGCUUCGAUCACGACAACCUGCUGGCGCGCGCCUACUUCCUGUCGCACUGCCACAAGGACCACAUGAAGGGGCUGCGGGCGCCCGCCCUGAGGAGGAGGAUGGAGAGCAGGUCUCUUUAUGCACUGUGCAAAAGGAUGUUUCUGUGUUCUGCUGAAUGCUAACUGUCCCAAAUGCCUGUUCCAGGGGAGACCAGUGAGGUGGAGGAACCCCAUCCCACUUCAGCUUGAAAGUUAAAUUGUACUGCUCCCCGGUAACCAAGGAAUUGCUGUUGACUAACUGGAAGUACAGAUUUUGGGAGAAUCACAUUGUUGCACUGGAAGUUGAAACCCCAACUCAGAUUUCUUUGGUAGAUGAAGCAACUGGUGAGAAAGAAGAUGUAGAGGUGACACUCCUACCAGCUGGGCACUGUCCAGGAUCAGUCAUGUUUUUGUUUGAAGGUGAAAAUGGCACUGUGCUGUACACAGGGGAUUUCAGGCUGGCCAAAGGAGAAGCAGCCAGGAUGGAGCUUUUGCAUUCAGGGACCAGAGUAAAAGACAUCCAGAGUGUGUAUUUGGACACUACUUUCUGUGAUCCCAAGUUUUAUCAUAUACCAAGCCGGGAGGAAUGUUUAAAGGGGAUCUUGGAGUUAGUGCGAAGCUGGAUUUCCCUGACUCGCAACCAUGUUGUUUGGCUGAACUGCAAAGCUGCUUAUGGAUAUGAAUAUUUAUUCAUAAACCUCAGUGAGGAACUUGGGGUCAAGGUGCACAUGAACAAACUUGAUAUGUUCAGAAACAUGCCAGAAAUCCUCUACCACGUUACUACAGAUCAACAUACUCAGAUUCACGCCUGCCGACAUCCCCGGGAUGAUGACUGCUUUCGAUGGAAUAGGCUGCCUUGUGGGAUGACAUGCCAAAAUGGAACCCCCUUGCACUUAAUCGUCAUCAAACCCUCCACUAUGUGGUUUGGAGAAAGGAUCAAGAAAACCAGUGUAAUAGUGAGGACUGGGGAGAGUACCUACAGAGCUUGUUUCUCUUUUCACUCUUCAUACAGUGAGAUUAAGGAUUUCCUGAGCUAUAUCCAGCCUGUGAAUGUGUAUCCCAAUGUGCUGCCAGUGGGUGGGACAGAAGAGAAAGUUAUGGAACUGCUAAAGCCAUUAUGCAGGUCGUACUGGAGAAACGCAGAACCCAGGUACAAGCCCUUAGGAACACUGAAGAGAGCCUGCAAGAGAGACUUAUCUGAUACAGAUGAAGAUGAUCUCUUUGAUUCAGAACUAACUGCUGCAAGGCCUAAGAUUCUGAAACAGCAGAGAGGAGAGAGCAGGCCCUCCAGCACAGCACGGUCUGAAAACACUGGAGGAAACAACGAUGAGAGCACAGAAAGUUACAGAAUGACUGCAACUUACACCUCGCUCAAGGUAGACUUCAUGGACUGCGAGGAAUCAAAUGAUGAUGAUGAUGAUGAUGAAGAAGAAUCUGAAAACAGUACAGCUGAAGUUCUUUCCCAGGAGCCAGAUGCCACUUCCACAUCAAACUUCAAUGGGGUAACCAGUGACCAACAGGAGUCCAGCAGUGACAUCCCUCGCUGGGACAUGUUCUUUAAGUGUGACAGACUAGAAGAAACCUCUGACGUCGAGGACAACUUCCCCUCCUCAGCAGAUGCCGGUGGCUCCCAGUCACUCUUCAGUGAUUCAGAUGGUGUCAGUGACUCAACACACAUCUCCUCCCAAAACUCUUCCCAGUCAACACACAUAUCAGAGCAAGGCAGCCAGGGCUGGGACAGCCAAAUGGACACAGUGCUCAUUACCACCCAAGAGAGGAAUGCCUUGGACAUGAGCAGAGGUGGGAGCAGGACAGUUCCUGUAUCACAGGACACCACCAAAUACACUUCACUUGACAACAGCCCAUGCAAGCCACUGAGUCAGAAUAGAUCUUGUGCCCAUGAUGUUGCCUGUGACUUGAAAAGCAAAGACACUGAGAAAGAUGCAGAUGCUAGCACCACUCAUGUUGGAGAUGGGGUGGUGGAAGUAAGUGACAACUCCAGGACAAUGGAUCUGAAGCCGAGGAAGGACUCCCAGAGCUCCUCCGACUUUGAAAUUCCCUUGACUCCUGAUGCUGAAGUGCCUCAGCCAGAAAAACUGCGCUGUUUGUAUAAGAAGCUGGCAGCAGGUGAAAACAUAGUCUGUGAGAAGAGAGUCUCCUGAAGACAUGUGGAACUGAUCACAUCAUGGUAACAAAUGCUGAAGCUUAUUAAACGCUGACUGACUUGUUUUUCAUACUGGUUACUGUCUGCAGCUGUGCUGGUUUAGGCAAUGCUUUCAGGAAUCUCUUGCUGUCAGAACUCAGAAGCUGCAGUCUGUGUAACUCUAUUGUUCCUUCCAUGAACUACUGAGAAGGUGGUAUUCCCAGGAGGAACCAGAAAGCCUUCCAUCUCCUGAGCUUCAGCUCUUGGGAGCUGCAAGCAGACAAAAGACGAACCAGACAAAACUAAGGGUUAAACACUGGAUGAAGUUCAGUGUUUCUCUUUAUCAUGAGCUCUAAGAGUUUGCCUUUGAGAUAGAAGUGAUCUCAGGUUUUCAUGAAAUGUCACAUUUUUAACUGUAGGAAUACAUCAUCUUUCAGGUAUGACCAUGCAAACUAUGCAAUAGUUGCACUUGUAAUUUAAUCCAAGUUUUCACUGCAAUUGUUUUUAACUUGGUUG